AUGAUGUCCGAUAUGAACAUGUUUAACAGAAAUGAUAGUUUUCGUUUAAUGGACUUUCACUAUUCUCCAGCGGUAAAAAUGACAUUUUUCUCUAUUCUCCUCAAUGCCUACUCCAUCACCGUGCUUGGAAACAUUGUCAUCAUUUUCAUCAUUUCUACAGAUAAACAUCUACAUACACCAAUGUAUUUUUUUCUCAUCAAUUUGUCUAUCUUAGAUAUUUUGGUAACCAGCACAAUAACGCCAAAGUUCCUUUCCCUCCUGGCAAAUGGAAAUGGAGUCAUCAGUUAUGCGGGCUGCAUGAUACAAUGCUACAGCUUCUUCUUCUUGGGUUCUACUCAGGUAAUAAUUCUAGCAGUUAUGUCUUUCGACAGGUUUAUGGCUAUUUGCCAUCCUUUACGUUACAUGGCUGUGUUGAGCCCUAAACUCUGUCUGUAUCUAGCGUUAGGUUCUUGGGCAUUUGCUUUCAUGGACACCAUAGCCCCAACUAUACUAGUAGUUCAGCUUACCUUCUGUGGCUCUAACAGAAUUAACCAUUUUUUUUGUGAUGUAGAACAACUCUUAAAACUAGCCUGCACGGACACCCAAUAUCUAAAUCUUCUAAAUUUCAUGUUGUCUGCAGUCAUUGUGUUUGGAUCACUUAUAUUUAUCAUUGUAUCCUAUGUAAAUAUAAUAAUUGCAAUAUUAAAGAUUUCCUCAUCAGGUGGGCGAGGGAAAUCUUUCACAACCUGUUCCUCUCACCUCUUAGUUGUGUUUAUAUUCUAUGUUAGCACAGCGUUUAUGAGCUCCCGAUCUAUUAAGAGUUACUAUGUCGAUUUUAAUAAAUUGGCCAUAAUUCUGAAUUCUAUAGUGACACCGCUCUUGAAUCCAUUUAUCUACACCCUAAGAAAUGAACAGGUAAAACGUGCUGUAAAGAGUUUCUUGUGCAGACAAAUAUACAGUAAUGAGACCUAA